CUUCUCGCUGCUCGGUUCAGAGCGGGUAGCAUUCAGGACUGAUCUGCCCUCCACCCAGGGCUUGCCUCCCGCUUUCCUCCGCCUAACGUGAACUCAUUACCACAGAGAGACUCGAAAGGAGCCAGCCAGACGGCCUGUGAGACGAGACAGGGCUCAGCUUUUCUGUGCAGUUUUUCUGAGGGGGGAGGCAGCUCUUUAAAUGGACUCAUGAAUGGAGAUGGUGGUGGCAGCGUGGAGAAAACCGCGAGGAGGGCAGGUGGACUUCUUCAGGCAGACAGAUGAAAUCAUGCAGCAGGAGAUAAGGCCGCUGGUUGCAGUGGACAUAAUAGAACAGCUCCACCGGCAAUUUGCUAUCCUGUCAGGAGGAAGAGGGAAGGACGGGGCGCCCAUCAUCACCUUCCCAGAGUACGCAGGGUUCAGCGAGAUACCUGACGAGGACUUUCUGAAUGUGAUGACAUAUUUAACCAGCAUUCCCAGCCUGGAGGCUGCCAGCAUCGGAUUCAUCAUCAUUAUAGACAGACGACGGGACAAAUGGAGCGCGGUAAAGGCAUCCCUGACACGGAUAGCAGGUGCGUUUCCAGGGAACCUGCAGCUGGUGUUUGUCCUGCGGCCCUCCCGCUUUAUCCAGAGGACAAUCGCUGACAUCGGCAUUAAACUCUACCGAGAUGACUUUAAAAUGAAGGUACCGAUCAUCAUGUUAAAUUCUGUUUCUGAUCUACAUGGCUAUAUUGACAAAAGUCAGCUCACCCGGGAACUUGGGGGGACUCUGGAGUACGGCCACAGCCAAUGGAUACACCAUCGAACUGCUAUCGAGAACUUUGCAAUGACCGUGAAAACCACGGCACAGAUGCUGCAGACUUUUGGAACGGACCUGGCCGAGACUGAACUUCCCAACGACGUGCAGUGCACCGAGGAGCUCCUGUCCUCCCACACAGACCAGCACGACAAGCUGAAGGAUGAGCUGAAACUUGCUGUGAAGCAGGGGGCCACGCUGCUGACGUGCAUUAGGGAGCCAGUCACACGAAGUGCCACUAGCAAACUCAGCCCGGACGAGCUGGAAAAUGUAGCAACCGUGGAAAGGUUAUUGGCUCAGUUGGAUGAGACGGAAAAAGCCUUUGAUCAGUUUUGGUCUAAGCAUCAACUAAAGUUAGAACAGUGCCUACAGCUCCGCCACUUCGAGCAUGAUUUCAGAGAGGUAAAACUGGCAUUAGAUAGCCUGAUGGAAGCCCAGGCCGGGUUCACUGACAUCGGAGACAGUGUGGCUCGUGUGGAUCACCUCCUGAAGCAGCAGAAACAACUGGAAGAGAAGGGACAGGAACCUUUGGAAAAGGCCCAGUCUUUAGCUGUCCAUGGAGACCAGCUCAUCCAAAACAACCACUACGCAGUUGACUCCAUCAGGCCAAAAUGUGUUGAACUCAGGCGUAUCUGUGACGACUUUACCAAUGAGACCAAGAAAAAAUAUGAUAUUUUGGGGAAGUCCCUCGAGCUGCAUAAACAAAUAGACAAGGCGAGCCAGUGGUGUGAAGCUGGAAUCUACCUCUUAGCUUCUCAAGCUGUGGACAAGUGCCAGUCACAAGAGGGAGCUGAAACUGCACUUUGUGAAAUAGAGAAAUUUCUGGCAACCGCAAAGGAACACCAGCUCUCCAACCCGAAAGAGUUUUAUAAUCAGUUCGAUAUGAUUCUCACCCCUGAAAUCAAGGCCAAUGCCCAAAGGAUCCUCCAGAAACUGGAAGACGUGCAAGAAAUGUUCGACAAGAGGCAAGUGAGUCUGAAGAAGCUGGCAGCCAAGCAGACUCGGCCGGUGCAGCCUGUCGCCCCGCAUCCUGAGUCUUCCCCGAAACGAGCCUCACCUAAGACCACCAGACCAGCAACGUUAGCCACCAACAGGAGAUCAGCAGAAAUUCCUUGUCCUCCAAAGUCCAUCUCUGAAGCAGACUUGUCAAAAAAGAAAAACAUUAAGAAGACCAAAGGUGGAAUUAAGAUUGAAGUGAUGCAUGAAGCCAGUCAAGGUGGGUCCAGCCGAAUCUUAGUGAUGAGUGAAAGCGACGAGAAUCUUUCCAGUAGGAGAAGCCACAUAAUAAAUGAGCUGAUAGAAACCGAACGGGUUUACGUAGAAGAACUACAAAGUAUAAUAGAGGGCUAUGCUUCAGAGAUGGACAAUCCUGACUUGAUGCAUCUGAUCCCAUCUGCUCUUCAGAACAAAAAAGAAGUUCUUUUUGGGAACCUUCCUGAAAUCUAUGACUUUCACAACAGAAUUUUCCUCAAGGAGCUGGAAAAUUGUGUUGAAAACCCUGAGCUGCUUGGCCGAUGCUUUUUAAAAAGAAAAGAGGAUCUCCAAAUAUAUGAAAAAUACUGUCAGAAUAAGCCAAGGUCUGAAGCUCUCUGGAGGCAAUGUGCAGACAACCUCUUCUUUCAGGAAUGCCAGCGUAAAUUGGAUCAUAAACUCUCAUUAGAUGCGUAUCUCUUAAAGCCAGUUCAAAGAAUCACAAAGUACCAGCUGCUUUUAAAGGAAAUGCUGAAAUGUAGCAAGAAUUCAGAAGGCACCGCUGAACUGGAAGAAGCUCUGGCCACAAUGCUUGAUAUUAUCAAGUCUGUCAAUGACUCUAUGCAUCAGAUAGCGAUCACGGGAUAUGAGGGUGAUGUGAAUGAGCUUGGUAAGCUGCUGAUGCAGGGCUCCUUCAAUGUCUGGACUGACCACAAGAAGGGUCACAACAAGGUGAAGGACUUGGCAAGGUUCAAGCCAAUGCAAAGGCAUCUCUUUCUCUAUGCCAAGAUGCUGCUCUUCUGCAAGAAACGGGAGGAAAACACCGAUGGCCAUGAGAAGACACCUUCCUACAGCUUUAAAAACUCAUUAAAGAUGAGUACCGUCGGCAUCACGGAGAAUGUAAAGGGUGAUAACAAGAAGUUUGAGAUCUGGUAUAAUGGCAGGGAGGAGGUCUAUAUCAUUCAGGCAUCUUCUGUUGAGCUGAAAAACAUCUGGGUUUCUGAGAUUCGGAAGGUCCUAACAGGACAGCUGGAAGCAUGCAGAGAAGCAAGCCAGCUACACCAAAGAAUCACCGAGAGCGUUUACCAUGCACCGAUGAAUUCCUCCAACAUAUCCAGGUUUAGCAGGAAGUCGUCGAGUUUAUACGAAAAUAAAUCUGAGACAUCAAGCCUGGAGAUGUCCAACAACAGGAACAGGAACUCCAGUCCCAGCACCAGACAAAAGAGAGGUUGGCCCAGCAGACAGAUGCCAUCACUAGACACAUUCGAGGAUUUUGAAGCUAUCCCCUCCAGCACUGAUGAGCUCUCUAACUCUUCUGACAUGGAUGAAGAGACCAACGCUAACAAUGUGUCCAACCUCUUUCGGGUAGAAGGCAGCUUUGAAACCUGUUUUCCAGAGUCUCUUGCUCUAGAGGAUGGAGAUUUAGUGCAGUUUGUACAGGAGGGAGAAAACGGACAAUGGCUAGUCAAGAAGCUGGUGUCUGAGAAAAGCGACUGGGUUCCUUCCAGUGUGUUACAGCCAGCAGACGGGCAUAGUAACAACUUGCUUAGGAACAGCAAUGCAGAAGCGUACAACGAUGCCUGCAACACGACCGCCGCAGAAUCGGCCAUGAAGGAAAGUGAGGUGGCCAGGAGCUUAACAGCAGAGCAGAGGGCUGGAAGUUGAGUCACGGGGCUGUGACCUCCUCAGGACUCCAGGCUCUUGUUUGUUGGUUAGGGGUGGAUGCUGGACCAAGUUGCCUUUCUCACCAGCUCUGAGCUUCAGAGUUUCUUCCAUCUUCAUCGGCAUGAACAGAGGAGAACUGCUGGGUCCAGCUGACAAGCUGAAAGACUUGAAGAAGCACUAGACAUUAAAAAAAAGCGCAUCAGAACCAUCUUCAGUAUUAAACAGGAAUUGAUAAAUGCUUCUCGCAUUGGUUAGCAAACUGUUCGAGAGGAUGUGGCCUAAAUUAGGUCGACAGCAGAAUGAAAAGCUACUAUGCACCCACCUUUUGGCAACCUUGCUUGGGUUCUUUCCAAGGGAUGGAUCUGUGGUCACCAGUUCCUGCUCCACUGGGGAAUCGCCUGGCAUUUUUCCAUUUGUCUGGCUCUGCUGCUGUGCCUUUCCCUGACACCCCUCAUUCCAGAAGAUAGACCAUGAAUAUAUCCAGUCAUUCCUAAUGGAUCAUCAGGAGCAAGAACCUAACAUUUGCAGGGAAGUGGUGAUGGAAAAACUCAUGCCAACUCAAGACUAUCAGCGAAGCUGAGCCCUGCCAUGGCGUGACUGCUUUGACAGUGGUGCGGUGAACGAUCUUCUGUUUACAGGAUCUGUGGAUGACGCAGGUUGGCAACUUCUGGCCAAGAGAUGGAGUUUCAAGGUUAAGUGGCGAACAAAGACAUGUGAUGAUGACUGUGCCGAAGGACCGGCUGAGCUCUUCUUACAGUAUAAACAGAUUCCUUCCCUCUACCAUGGUUGCUGGAUCACAUCCCUCUGCAUUUGGUGCUGAUAAUUUCAUAGAGCGGCAUUUAAAGUUACCCAUUUGAGUACACUGCAUGCUUGCACUUCCAUUGUGUGCUGGGCUAUGGAGUAGGUACAGUUCAUUCCCAUAUCGCAUCCAAAUAUACUUAAGCAUUUGCUAAUAGGCUGGUGAGUGUUAGAAACACUGAUGAGUGGAUAAAGUGUUAUUGUUAAUUGCUUCUUUCCAGGACAUUUUUAUUAAGGACUGUACCAAAUCUCGGUCACAUUAGGAUGAAUGUCGACCUUUUACAAAUGUUAGUAAUUCCUGUACAAGCCAUUAGCUCAUUCAGAGCAAGUCUGAAGGCAUGUGCAUGGAGGUAUUUUGAUGCUAAACCGGAGUUUUCAAGCCCACAAAGCUGCUAGUCCCUUACGUGUUGCAAAACUAAAUAUUGAUCUAGGACUGUGCAUAGAGGAAAAGACCAGUCUGGAAGAAAUGACCCUGGAGAGCUCAAAAGUCAGGGAUUGGUUUUCCCCACCGGAGACUGUUUUUUCCCCCUCCCCAUGACUAAUGAUGCUUCAAGUAAAUA